CUCUCUGUUCUUUCCUCUACGCCAAAUUCUCGCUUACCCCCUUUCUCUCUCUUGAAUUCGCAGGUUAUACUUCUUUCUUCAUCUCUUCUCUUUUGAUUAUUCAGCUCAGCCAUAGCCAUUGAUUCAUCCAUCCAGGAGAUACACAAACUCAUUCCUAUACUUCAGCUUCACUUUUCAUACUUGUAGUUAAAAACACACAAGAGUUUUUGGGUGAUGAUUGUUGAGGUUACGAACUAGGCAAUAAUGAUGAGUGAUUCUGAUGAUGAUAGUGAUGGUCCCGUGGUUUUCAAGCGCAGUUCAACAUCUAAGUCAAAUCAGUUAAACACGGAAAUAAAGAAGUCGUCUUCUUCUCAAAGAGAUGAUGGACGGUCCACGAAACAGAAUUCUGAAGCACGUCCUUCCAAUGGGCAGAACUCUGGUGCCAGGAAUGGUAAUCCAACCCCUUCCAAAGCAUCACAGGUGAAGUCUUCUCUAGUGAGUCCUAAAGUUUCAUCUUCAUCUGUGAGACCAACACCAGUACAGUCUUCAGGAAUGAGUGGUAAACAGCCAAGUUCAACAGCUGAGAAGUCUAAACAAUCAUUACAGCAGAAUAGAACUGCAUCUGUUAAGAGAGAGCAAUCAGAUAGUGACUCUGACGAUGGGAAACCUCUGAAAUCCAGGUUUCCUAGUAAAACCGCCGCCGGAAGUUCUGUAAAACCUAACAAGGAGUCUAAUGCGGGGUCCAUCCAACUACCGAUUUCAAAAGUCAAAGACGAAGAUUCUGAUGAUGGAGCUACUUUGUCAUCGAGAUUUAAAUUAAAACCUAAUGCAGGAGCAUCUACUAGCAAAUCAAAUAACUGUGAUGAGAAAAAACCUUUGGCAUCAAAGAGUCAGCCAAAUGGUUCUGUUCCCAAGGAUAGUCAAAUUAAAAAAUCUCCAGCUGUAAACAAUAAGAGGCAGUUAGAUGAGGCCAAAUCCUCAGUUCAGCAUUCCGUUAAAAAACCUAAGAUAGCUGAUUCACCCUCAUCAGCUUCUGCCAAAACACCAUUGACUGUCAAGGAUGAUGAGGAUUUCGUUCCUAUUUCUCAAAGAAUAAAAAAGGAUUCUAAGUCACCAUCAAGUAGCAAAUCAUUGUCUGGAAAACAGAAAGUAACAAAGGUGAAGCAUUCUUCAAUGAAGAAUAGUAAAAAGGUCAAGAUGACAGUGAAAAAAUCGUAUUCUACGUCUUCAACAAUGCUUCCUAGCUCUGGUGAGGCGCAGAAGUGGACAACUCUGUCACAUAAUGGCGUCAUCUUUCCACCACCAUACAAACCUCAUGGAGUUAAAAUGCUCUACAAGGGAAAACCGGUAGAUUUAACACCAGCACAAGAAGAGGUUGCCACUAUGUUUGCAGUGAUGCUAGAUACUGACUAUAUGAGCAAACCACAAUUCAAAGAGAACUUCAUAAAUGACUGGAGAACAAUUCUUGGGAAAAACCAUGUAAUUCAGAAUCUAGAAGACUGUGAUUUCACACCGAUAUAUGAAUGGCACCAAAGGGAGAAGGAGAAGAAAAAACAAAUGACUACAGAAGAGAAAAAGGCUUUGAAAGAGGAAAAAUCACUGCAGGAGGAGAAAUACACGUGGGCUGUAGUUGAUGGUGUCAAAGAGAAGAUUGGUAACUUUAGAGUUGAACCACCAGGGUUGUUCAGAGGCCGUGGAGAGCAUCCUAAGAUGGGAAAGCUGAAAAAACGAAUUCGGCCAAAUGAUAUCACUAUAAAUAUUGGGAAGGAAGCAGAAAUACCGGAAUGUCCAAUUCCUGGUGAGAGCUGGAAAGAGAUUAGGCAUGACAAUACAGUCACAUGGCUAGCGUAUUGGAAUGAUCCUAUAAAUCCAAAGGAAUUUAAAUAUGUGUUCCUGGCUGCUAGCAGCUCCUUGAAAGGGCAAAGUGACAAGGAGAAAUAUGAAAAAGCCAGACUCUUGAAGGACUACAUACAAGGUAUUAGACAAGCCUACACGCGGGACUUCACCAGUAAAGAUGUCACUAAGCGCCAAGUAGCAGUUGCUACCUAUCUCAUUGACAAACUAGCUCUCAGGGCAGGCAAUGAGAAGGAUGAUGAUGAAGCAGAUACAGUUGGUUGCUGCACACUGAAAGUAGAAAAUGUUCUACCACAGCCUCCUAAUAUUCUAAAAUUUGACUUUCUUGGUAAAGAUUCAAUAAGAUACCAAAAUGAGGUGGAAGUUGUACUACCUGUGUACGAGGCAAUUCAAAAGUUCCGAUCAGGGAAAACGGAUGGCGAUGAUCUUUUUGACAAGCUUGACACAAGUAAACUCAAUGUUCAUCUCAAGGAACUCAUGCCAGGCCUCACAGCUAAAGUUUUCCGUACAUAUAAUGCAUCUAUCACAUUAGAUGAUAUGUUAAGUAAGGGAACCAAGGGUGCAAAUGUUGCGGAAAAUGUUGUGGUUUAUCAGCAUGCAAAUAAGGAGGUUGCAAUCAUUUGUAAUCAUCAACGUACCGUUUCCAAGUCUCAUUCUGCUCAAAUGACCAAAUUGAAUGAGAAAAUAGAAGAAUUAAAGAACUUGAUUGAUGAACUCAAGACAGAUUUGUCUCGAGCGAAGAAAGGGAAGCCCCCAUUGAAGGAUGCCGAUGGGAAACCAAAAAGGAACUUGAAUCCCGAAGCUUUAGAGAGGAAGAUUGCUCAAACAAAUGUGAAGAUUGAGAAAAUGGAACGCGAUAAGGAAACAAAAGAGGAUCUUAAAACAGUUGCUCUAGGGACAUCGAAGAUUAACUAUCUCGAUCCCAGGAUUACAGUAGCUUGGUGCAAGAGGAAUGAAGUUCCAAUGGAGAAGAUGUUUAACAAGUCAUUGCUGGGGAAAUUUGCUUGGGCUAUGGAUGUGGAUCCGAGUUUCAGAUUCUGAAACUGCCCCCUUUUUCGAAAACUAAUUUCAUUUUCCCUUUCUUGCCCUCGAUUCAUUAUUGGGCCAAUGGGAAUGUUGUCGAAAUUUGAGGACUUAAAACUUAUUAUUCUCUUUGUUGGAUUUGAAAGUUUAGGUUAUACAAAACUUAUUUAUCUUUUCCAA